GAGAGCGCGCGCGCGCGCGCGAGAGGAGAGAGGGGGGAGAGAGAGAGAGCGAGUACUCGGUGCACGAGCCUAGAGUUUUGCCACUGCCUUGGGCUCUACUCUUCCCUUAAUAAAUGCAUUAUAAAUAUUAAUAUGCCUUCCCCUGAAUUCGGUCUCUUCUCAUGAAAACUAUCUCACAACUGUUUCUUUCGCCGAAUCUCUCUCUCCUUCUCCUUCUUCUUCUCUGCAUGUAAGCAACAACACAAGCACACAGGCACACACAAAACUUUAUAAAACGCCCUUUCCCUUUCAUUGUGGGUUUGCUUCUUUCUUUGUUUCCCUUGUUUACGCCUCUGAUGGGUUGGUUAAAUUUAGGUGGAAAGUUUUGGGGGUGGGAUCUGAUUUUCCUGACUAUUGUUAACGCUACAUGAUCCCGAUGGCCCUUGAACACAAAGAUUAAAACGUGGAGCUUUCGAGAAGAAAUUUUGAAGAAUUUGAUUUCGAAGAUGAUAUGUGAUGAUCUAGCACCACAUAAACGGAAAGCCCAGCGAUCGAAAGAAGCUGAAGUUUGUCGUGAAACAACGCAAAAUUUCUCUGGGGCACACAUGGGAUGCCACAAGAGGAAGGAGUUACCUUACAAUCAACAAAAUCCGCGGAAUCUCUCUGGAGGGUUCUUUGAUUCUAAAGAUGAAAAAAGUAACCGCUCGGGAGCUGGUUUCAUUAAACCUGACAGCUCACUCAAUAGCCCAUGUUUUGCGCCUGUUCAUGAAGGUCAUUUUAGACCAAUGCUUCAACAAGACUUCCAUGUUUGGUCUGCUUUUCAUCCCAAUGUCCAGAAGGCACGACAGAACCAGUUUUAUGCAUUCGAAAGCUGUUUUUAUCCUAUGUCAUCACAAUGUUACCUACCGGAUUUUCGGCUCCAAGAAUUCCAAUAUUUCGUUGUCAUAGACUUUGAGGCAACAUGCGACAAGGAGAAGAAGCCUUUCCCUCAAGAGAUUAUUGAAUUCCCAUCUGUAUUAGUAAACAGUAUGACUGGCCAACUAGAAGAUUGUUUUCAAAUUUAUGUGAGGCCUACAUACAAUCAACAUCUAAGUGACUUCUGCAAGGAGCUUACUGGCAUCCAGCAAACCCAGGUGGACAAAGGUGUUGUUCUGAGUGAAGCUCUGCUUAUGCAUGAUAAAUGGCUUGAAGAGAAAGGGAUUAAACAUACCAACUUUGCUGUGGUGACAUGGACAAAUUGGGAUUGUCGAGUAAUGUUGGAAUCUGAAUGCCAAUUUAAAAAGAUCAGGAAACCACCGUACUUUAACAGAUGGAUCAACCUGAAGGUCCCAUUUCAUGAGAUGUUUGGUGCAGCCAGAUGCAACCUAAAAGAAGCUGUCCAGCGGGCUGGCCUGGCUUGGGAAGGUCGUGCUCACUGUGGCCUAGACGAUGCUAAGAACACUGCCCGUCUGCUUGCCCAGAUAAUGCACCGUGGAUUUAGGUUCACUAUUACUGACUCACUGAUGUGGCAGUCCGCAGAUUGCACCUUGGCAACACAGCAGUUCCUGGAUCCCCAGCAUUCCGUCAGGAUUAAGCACCCAUCACUGCCUUUUAUCUGCUUCCGCCCUGUCCAGGUUGAUCCCAGUAAAGAAUCUAAAGAUCAAGGAAUGUUCUGCUUUUGUGGGGUGAAAAGUAGCAAACAAGUGGCUCAGAAACCCGGACCAAAGCAUGGGAGCUUCUUCUUUGGGUGCGGUAAUUGGACUGCUGCUAGAGGUGCCCGAUGUUCAUAUUUCAAAUGGGCCACCUCUUGACAGAAGGAAAGACAGAGAACUGAAGAAGGUCGCCGGGAAAAAUGAAAACAAAAAGAAACAGAAAGAAGAGAAGAGUCAAUCUACCUUGACUUGUAAAGUUGAUUAAGCCUUAGGAAGCCUCAUGUGGAAAGACAGCUCUUAACUUCUAUAGUUGAUUUAAAAGAAAAAAAAAAGCAUAGAAAUGCAGUUGUACGAGAAUGACUAUGAGAAUAUGCUUUAACCAUGCUGGGACAUGGGGUUUAAUCAUCUAAAAUAAUUCCUGAAUAUAUGUUCUUGAAUAGGAAAUUGGAAUGACAAAAAUCAGUGAUCAGAGUGUUUUCCUUUGUAGCUUA